UUUUAUAUUCUCUUUAGUAUGUCUAAUUAUUCCGCUUACAACUGAAAAGUUUCCAGAUUUUACGGAUCCUCAAAUGGGUUUUGAGGCAAGAGGUACAGUUUUAGCGCAAAGACUGACAGCUUGGAAUCAUUUAAUAGAAGCUACAAAAGGAAGAGGAGAACUUACUGAUAAUCCUUUAGAAUAUUAUCAAUACAUACGUCAACUAACUCAACAGUCUAAUAUGCAAAAUCGUAGUUUAUCUACUCAGGGUAUUCUUAGAAAAAAACCAAAAAAUAAAAAUAAACAAAAGGUAAAGAAAUAUGAAACAAUAUUAAAUAAUACAGAUAAAGAAGCAAAUGAAGAAGACAAAGAUACAUGGGAAGAAUUAUUAGAAUUGAGAGAUACGCAUAAUGCAGAUAUAGAGGACAAGACUCAAGAUCAUCUUGAUAGUGAUAAUUUUUUCUGUAAUUUACCAACUUCUUCGUAUGCUCGUGUUGUGAUCGCCGUAGAUUCAGAGGAAAAAAAUUUGAAUUUGUGGUCUAUGGAAGGUGUAUUAGCUCAAUGUCACAUUGAUGGUGUACUUCGUGGAAAUGUUCACUUUCCAUCUUUGUGUCAGACGCAAAUCAAUCGCAAUGAUGCGGCAGAUCAUAAAUGUUGUAGAAGUUGGUCACCAGCUAACUAUGUGGCACUUUUAUCCAAUCGUAGUUCUUGUUUGGGAGUAACAGAAAAUGAUCUGAGCAGAGUAAAAACACUUUUGCAACAAUGCGCUUAUUAUUAUCAUAAUCGUCAGUUGACGCCUAACUGUGCAGAAGACUUUAAUUGCCAAAAACAUGUGCCAAACGAAUGCUACAUGAGAAAUGCAGCUUAUCAUUUACUACACUAUCUUUUAGAUGUUAAUUUUAUUCCAAGUAAGAUGGAUCCCAACAGCAAACAAAAUUCGACAUUGCAUUCUGCAAUGCUAUUUCUUCCAAUUGCGGCAAGCUCUGCGACUUUAGAUUUUUAUAAAGCAAUAAAUAAUAAUGAUUUAAUAUACGGAAAUUUUCGUGUUCAAGGCAUUCAACUUGGUCUAAAAAGUACAUUAUUUGAUCACGAUAUAUUAUCUGAUUCGAGUCUGGUACUCGUCGGUUUUAUCUUUGUUACAUUUUGUAUCUGGGCAUAUACUGGUUCUAUAGUAUUGACUAUAGCAACAUUUUUCGCAGUAGUAUUUAGCCUUGGCAUUUCAUAUGCAAUUUAUACUGUUGUUUUACAUAUUAAAUUUUUCCCAUUUAUGAAUUUAUUGGCCAUUGUUGUAGCCGUAGGUAUUGGAGCAGAUGACGCAUUUAUUUACUGUAAGGUAUGGGAAUCUAAGAAAGAACAAAAACUUUCAAAUGACGGAUUAAUACAGUUGGUGCAAGAAACAAUGACACAUGCUUUUCCAGCUAUGUUUGUUACAUCUCUUACGACAGCAGUAGCUUUUUUUGCAUCAAUUGUCAGUAAUGUGACUGCCAUCAAUUGCUUCAGUUUAUUUGCAGGCAUGACAGUCAUUGCAAAUUUUUUCUUGAUGAUUACAUGGUUACCUGCGUGUGUGAUUGUGUCAGAACAUUGCAAAUUAUCCACUCUAUCGCCUGUCAACUUUAUUACCAGAAGAAUUAUUCGUCCUUUAAGAUCUUUGGGAGAUAAAGUGACAAUAGGAUUUACCACCUUUCUUACUGGAUUAGUACUUCGAUUACGUUGGUUUUGGCUAUUAAGUUUGGCUAUAACGGCAUCAGCGUGUUGCAGUAUCGUCUUCCAUUAUCCGGGUUUGCAACUGCCAGAUUAUAUGGAUUUUCAAUUAUUCCAUGAUACACAUCCGUUUGAACAAUAUGAUCUAGUAUAUUCACGGAGAUUUUGGUUUGAACGAUAUGAAUGGGAUGAUGCUUUUGAUGUUUCUCAUCCAAAAUCUCAAUUAUGGCUUGAACAAUUUUGCGGAAAUUUACGAAGUCAACCUUUUUACCGUAGUACUACGGGACCUUUAUUAUCCAAUUGCUUUAUUGAACCAUUACGUUUAUGGAUGAAGAGAUCUUGUAAAGAUCCUGUCGAUCCUCAGAUUGAGUAUAUACCAUGUUGCAAGAGUAGUAAAUUUCCUUACAAACCAAGCGUUCUGCAACAAUGUGCAGCUGAAGCUAGUAAUAGAAUAUAUCACACGCCUCAUUUGUGGUUUCGGACUGGUCCAAUUUCUGGAGGUCCAAAAUUCGUUAAAGAACCAUUACUGUCCGCGCAAGCAUCAAACGAUACAUUUCCGAUUAAAGUAACACCUAAAAUUAAAGCGCUUAUUGUCGAAUAUGAUAGCACAUAUGCAUAUAGUCUCUCGUUUGGAAGUAUGGAUAAAUUUUUUAAUGAAGUUGAAAAUUGGAUGCAGAAUCAAUUACGAACUGCACCUCGAGGAAUGCGACGCGGAUGGUUUAUCAGUCAUCUAGAAUUUUACGAGCUCCAGCGUACAUUAUAUCAUGGAACUUUAUAUGCGAUGGGAGUAUCGCUAACUUUGGCUCUAAUAGUAUUAGCAUUGGUGACCUUAAAUCCUCUUAUUAGCCUGUACGCCAUUCUAGCUAUUGGUGCUGUAAUAAUUGUAACCGUGGCAAUACUUAUUCUUCUUGGAUGGAAACUCAAUAUUUUAGAAAGUGUUGCAAUCACUACAGCAAUAGGACUUGCUGUGGACUUUAGCUUGCAUUAUGCUGUGAGUUAUAAAGCAUGCGUCUCUGAGAAGAAAAUAGACAGAGUAAAAGCGGCUCUACAACAAAUGGGUGGUCCUACUCUUAUGGCAGCAAUUACAAGUGGUGCUGCGGGUGCUUUAAUGUUACCUUCUCAUGUACUAGCAUAUAUACAAAUCGGUCUUUUUUUAGUGCUUGUCAUGGGAGUAAGUUGGAUAUAUGCAACGUUGUUUUUAUGUCCAAUGUUAGCAGUUAUAGGACCGUCUUCACAAUUUGCUCAGUUUGAAUAUCCCAGACUGAAAAUAUUAUCAAUUUGUUUUCGUAAAUAUGAUGAUGGCGGUGUAGUUGAAACCGGCAAGGAUAACAAUCGAGCGAGGAAAGCUUAUAAAGGACGGGGAAUGCUUUCGGAAUCAACUCUAAGCACUUCUAGCUCCGUAUGUCAAUUUCAUUGCAGUGAAUUGGAAACUCUUGCUGCAAGGCCUCCAUCUCCAUCAUUGCCACCAUCUUCUCCGUUAUCAACAUUACUUCGUUAA